AUGGGGACUGUACCUGAGCGGGUGCUUCCACUGAGCCCACAUACGGAUAUCCUAAGCCCGCUCUUCUACACUGCUUUCACCCUCGUCCUCAUACUUGGUACCUUCGGCUGUGUGUCCAUCCUACUCCUGGUCGCCUGGCAUAAGCGUCUUCGGACGGUCUUCAGCUUCUACAUCUUCAACGUGGCCUUGGCCGACCUGCUGCUCUGCUUCUCCGGGGUCCUGCUGUCUCCUACUUCGGCACUGUUGCGUGGGUGGCCCUUUGGAAACACCCUUUGCUACCUGUGCCGGUACGGCGAAAAGGUGGCGCUGUUUGUACAUGGAUACACACUCCUGGUGGCGUCCGUUCACACUGUCGUCACGAGUGCCCCUUCUGGAAGAGCUGGCCUCUUGGCUAACCUCAGCAUUUGGAUUUUAGGCCUCGUGCUGUGUCUUCCUUACGCGCUGUUCGUGGACAUGCGCGUGCUGUCGGAGCGCGGUCAGUGUGUCGCGUCCUUGCCGGCUUCCGUCAAGGCACUGGAGCCCUUCGCGGCAUUCGCUGUGCUCAUCGCGUCUCCCUUCUUAGCUGCGUCUGCAUGCUACGGAUUGCAGCGAUCGUUAGCGUGGCGGCGAGGUCGAACUGGGAAGGCGGAUCAGCGACGUCGGGAGAGUGCGCGAGUGUUUUGGCUGAUGUCACUGAUGCUACUGCUUUGCUUCUGUCCGGUCUCCGUGGCCCGUGGCGUUGCGUUGCUCUGGAUGCCGGCGCGACUCAAUCCCUACAUGAACAUGGUCAUUAUGGCGACGCACGCCGUUGCUAUGAGCAUCGUCUGUUUCACGGUAGUCUUCUUCUUUUACCUGAACAGUAAGCACCUCGCGCACGAAGAAGCUAGGAGGGCGCCUUUGGUAACACCUAGCGACAUUUGA